GAUAAUAUUUAUUUUGUUUGUCCGAUGUGUUGAUACUUAAUAGACAAAGUUCUUCUGUUAGUGGCAGUUUAACAAAAUCUGUCCGACCAUAAUUGGUAGGUGCACGAAAGGUGAAAGGUGCCCACUCUGUGAAGACAUAACCCGGAAUUUGAAAUGCUACAGUGUACAAGUUGGUGACACUAGUUUGUAGGAAGAGAUUUAGAAAUUUACAAACGUUUAUCUAUCUGUGUUAAGAUGUCGCAUUUAUCACCUCAAAUGUCCGCAUUACCAGCCUCCAAGUUGAACAUUCCCCCUAAAACCUCUCUUUCGGCCUGCACGGAUGCUAGUCGGGCUAUCCUCCACGACAGUCCCUUCCCCACAGGAAUGGCGAUCCCGUACCUCGCUCGAAUCGGAAACCUAGGAGAGUCUUUGUAUGCUACUAGCCCGGUGACCCCGAACGCAUUAGGUGUGGAACCCUCGGCUUUUUACCCGCUGUCCGGAGCUUCCCCUGCCCUGGGAUUGGACCGAUCACCGGAAUUCUGGAAAAACCUCCAGCACCCCUCCUUGGUUUAUCCGAUGGACCCCAUGAUUGGGAUGCAUCCCUACGGCGCAUUCUAUGGUGGACUUGACUUAAACAAUGCUGCCCGUCGUAAGAAUGCCACAAGGGAGACAACCAGUGCCUUGAAGGCCUGGCUGUACGAACACCGGAAAAAUCCCUACCCCACGAAGGGCGAGAAGAUCAUGCUGGCCAUCAUCACUAAAAUGACGCUGACCCAGGUCUCCACCUGGUUUGCUAACGCCAGAAGGAGGCUGAAGAAGGAAAGCAAGCUGGGAUACAAAGAACGGGAUAUCGACGGAAGUGACGUAGAAUCUAUUGGGUCUCCGGCGGAAACGGAUGAUGAGAAAACCAGAAUAGGUUCGGCGUCCUCGAGCUUUAUAGCCAAGCUGGACAGUGAGAAUGACGAAGACGCAGACGUGAAGGUGACAUCAGACAUCUCUGAUUUCUCAGACGAGGAGGACGACGAAAGUAGGGAAAGGAAAGAACGCCUCAGCCCCAUCCACUCGCAGUCACAAACCAAUCAAAAUGAAAAUGCUGCUGCAGUUGCUGGUUUCAGACUUCCAAACGCCCCCAUUGGCCAAUCAACAUCACGUGAUUCAAAUAACUCAUCGCAAUCAAAUUUGAGACCAAAGAUUUGGUCGAUUGAUGAAAUAAUGAAUAAAGACAAAACAAUUAGUGAACAUUCAAGAGUUCCUUCCCAGUUCAAUCCCCUGCUGCAGUCUCUUAAUGCGUACCACUCGCAAUUACGAAACGAAAGGGCUACAUCACAAGAACCCAAAAAUCAAGAACAGCUAAAACGUUACAGUGAUACUUUGAAACAAUUACCUUACCGGAAAUCAAACUCGGAGACGGCAUUGAACCUGGCAAUUAGUGAUAAGGAUGGAUUAAACACAGCACGAACCGGACCGGCAUCCAAACCAUCCGCUACAGGUAGGAUCAGCGUGUCAAUAAAGCUUUGUUUGGUCAAAGCAAUCCCCAUGUUUGCAAACGUUUCUCUAACUGUAAUUUAGGGAUCAAAUUGUGUGUGAAGAGAUUUUAAUUAGAAUAACAUUAUCUAGAUGAUGAACUCAUUGACAGUUUACUGUUUGUAAGAAAGUUUUCGUGACUAGAUAGCUUGUUUGACAUGUAUCGUACAAACAUUUCACACACUGCCGAGGUCGAUGUUUGUUGUUGUAUUCGGGUUAUCAGUUUACCACUGUUUUUGUGUCACUUUAUCCAUUUAUGACAAAACCUCGCAGAAA